AUGGCAGCCGAUCAGUACUCAGAAAAGUCGGAACCGACCCGCGCCGUCUCACCUGAGAGCCCCGAAAUUCAAGAAUCCAGAGACGUCAGUCCUUCAGCAGAUCUUAAGAAGCUCGACAGCAAGGUCGUCGCACCCCCACCAGAAGCAGACGAUGACAAGGAGGCCGACCCCUUCAAGCACCUCCCAGAGAGGGAGGCCAAGAUCCUGAGGGAUCAGGUCUACACCCCCGAUAUCAAAGUUGGAGUUGCGACACUGUACCGUUAUUCGUCGCGCAACGACAUGAUCAUCUUGGUUGUUUCGGCGAUAUGCGCCAUUGCCUCUGGAGCCGCUUUGCCAUUGAUGACGGUCGUUUUUGGCAAUCUUCAGGGCACUUUCCAGGAUUAUUUCACACCCGGCAGCAACCUGUCUUACGAUGAGUUCACCAGCGAGCUUGGAUCAUUGUGCCUUUACUUCGUAUAUCUGGCCAUUGGAGAGUUCGUUACAUCUUAUGUUGCUACAGUUGGAUUCAUCUACUGCGGCGAGCAUAUCAGCGCCAAGAUUCGCGAGCACUAUUUGGAAAGCUGCAUGAAGCAGAACAUCGGUUUCUUCGACAAGCUCGGCGCUGGUGAGGUCACCACACGCAUCACGGCCGACACCAAUCUCAUCCAGGAAGGAAUCUCGGAGAAGGUUGGCUUGACGCUCCAAGCCGUCGCCACUUUCGUUGCUGCCUUCGUCAUCGGCUUUGUGAGCUACUGGAAGUUGACUCUUAUUCUUAUGAGCACUGUCGUGGCUCUCUUGCUGGUUAUGGGCACUGGCUCAACGUUCAUUGUUAAGUAUUCUAGGCAAAACAUCAGUGCCUACGCUCAGGGUGGUUCGGUGGCCGAGGAGGUCAUUAGCAGUGUCCGCAACGCCGUUGCCUUUGGCACCCAGGAUCGCCUCGCUAAGCAGUAUGAUGUUCACCUCAUCAAGGCCGAGUUCUUCGGCUUCAAGCUCAAGAGCGUUCUGGGCGUCAUGGUUGCUGGUAUGAUGCUUAUUCUGUAUCUAAACUACGGCCUUGCUUUUUGGAUGGGCUCGGUCUUCUUGCUUGACGGCUCCACGACACUCAGCAAGAUCCUGAUCGUCAUGAUGGCUGUCAUGAUGGGCGCCUUCAACUUGGGCAAUGUCGCGCCUAACAUGCAGGCUUUUACCACCGCUCUCGGUGCCGCCGCCAAGAUCUACAGCACCAUCGACCGUAUCUCCCCGAUCGAUCCAUCGACUGACGACGGCAUCAAGCUCGAGAAGGUGGAGGGAACCAUUCGUCUCGAAAACAUCAAGCAUAUCUACCCUUCCCGUCCUGAGGUUGUGGUCAUGGACGACGUCACCCUCGAGAUUCCUGCUGGCAAGGUCACCGCGCUCGUUGGAGCUUCCGGCAGUGGCAAGUCGACUAUCAUUGGUCUGGUCGAGCGAUUCUACGCGCCUAUCGAAGGAACUGUGUAUUUGGAUGGUGUCGACAUUUCCACUCUGAACCUCCGCUGGUUGCGCCAGCAGAUUGCCCUUGUCUCUCAGGAACCAACACUCUUCGGCACUACCAUCUACGAAAACAUCCGCCACGGUUUGAUUGGUACCAAGUGGGAAAAUGAGGGCCCUGAAAAGCAGAGAGAGCUCAUCGAGGACGCUGCCAGGAAGGCCAACGCUCACGACUUCAUCACAUCUCUUCCUGAAGGCUACGAAACAAACGUCGGUGAACGUGGUUUUCUCCUCAGUGGUGGCCAGAAGCAACGCAUUGCUAUCGCUCGUGCUGUGGUGUCGGAUCCCAAGAUUUUGCUCCUUGAUGAGGCCACCAGCGCAUUGGAUACCAAGUCUGAGGGCGUUGUACAGGCUGCUCUGGAGGUUGCUUCCGAAGGCCGUACCACCAUCACCAUUGCUCAUCGGUUGUCAACCAUCAAGGAUGCUCACAACAUUGUGGUCAUGACCCAGGGCAAGAUCGUCGAACAGGGUACACACGACGAGCUCUUGGAAAAGCGUGGCUCAUACUACAACUUGGUUACUGCUCAGGCUAUCGCCGCUGUCAAUGAGAUGACUGCUGAGGAAGAGGAGGCCAUCAACGAGGAAGAGGAAGCUGCUCUUAUCCGCAAGGCAUCCGCCGCCCAGAAACAGGAGGGUGUCCCCGAGGACCCAGAGGACGAUAUCAAUGCCAAACUCAACAGGAGCAAGUCGACCCAGAGUGUCAGCUCCAUGGCAUUGGCCGGACGUGCCAAGGCCACCCCCAAUAAAUAUAGCUUGUGGACUCUGAUCAAGGUGAUUGCCAGCUUCAACAAGAAGGAGUGGAAGCUCAUGUUGAUUGGUCUAUUCUUUUCUGCUAUCUGCGGUCUGGGUAACCCGACCCAGGCUGUCUUCUUCGCCAAGCUUAUCACUGCCUUGUCUAUUCCCCCCACGACCCAAGAGGCCAGAGACUUUAUGAAAUCUGAAGCCUCUUUCUGGUGCCUCAUGUACUUGAUGUUAGCCCUCGUCAUGUUCAUCGCUUUCACGGCCCAAGGCAUCGUCUUUGCGAAGUGCAGUGAGCGCCUCAUCCACCGUGUUCGCGACAGGUCUUUCCGCACCAUGCUCCGCCAGGAUGUCGAGUACUUUGAUACCGAUGAGCAUUCGGCUGGUGCUCUCACCUCGUUCUUGAGCACUGAAACGACACAUGUUGCUGGCUUGAGCGGUUCUACUUUGGGCACUUUGAUCAUGGUCACCUCGACACUCAUUGCUGCUUGCACCGUUGCGCUUGCCAUAGGCUGGAAGUUGGCUUUGGUCUGCAUUGCUACCAUGCCUCUCCUUAUCGGAUGCGGUUUCUUCCGGUUCUGGAUGCUUGCUCACUAUCAACGCCGCGCAAAGCGUGCCUACCAGGGCUCCGCCAGCUUUGCUUCCGAGGCCAUCACUGCCAUUCGCACCGUUGCUUCGCUCACUCGGGAGCAGGAUGUGCUUCGCAACUAUCGCGAGUCAUUGGCUAUUCAGCAACGCGCCAGUCUUAUCUCGGUCUUGAAGUCGAGUUUGCUGUAUGCCGGCUCUCAGUCGCUCAUGUUCUUGGCCUUUGCGCUCGGUUUCUGGUACGGCGGUACUUUGAUCGCCAAAUACGAGUACGACAUGUUCCAGUUCUUUUUGGUCUUUACCUCUGUCAUCUUCGGUGCUCAGUCUGCCGGCUCGGUGUUCUCUUUUGCUCCCGACAUGGGCAAGGCGGCCGAGGCCUCUCGCAACCUCAAGACUCUGUUCGACAUGAAGCCGACUAUCGAUACUUGGUCCGAGGACGGCGACAAGGUUGAGGCCAUCGAGGGGAGCUUGGAGUUCCGCGAUGUUCACUUUAGGUACCCUACUAGACCCGAGCAGCCUGUCCUGCGUGGGCUCAACCUCACCAUCUCGCCUGGUCAGUAUGUUGCUCUUGUCGGUGCCUCUGGAUGCGGCAAAUCAACCACCAUCGCUCUUCUGGAACGCUUCUACGACCCUCUCGCUGGUGGUAUCUUUGUCGACGGCAAGGAGAUUAGCACUCUCAACAUCAACGAGUACCGCAGCUUCAUUGCCCUCGUGUCUCAGGAGCCUACACUGUACCAGGGCACCAUCAAGGAAAACAUCUUGCUCGGUGCACCCUAUGAGGUGUCUGAUGAGCAGAUCAAGUUUGCCUGCCAGGAAGCCAACAUUUAUGACUUUAUUCUCUCGCUUCCUGACGGAUUCAAUACUGUUGUUGGUUCCAAGGGUGCUCUGCUCAGCGGUGGCCAGAAGCAGCGUAUCGCUAUUGCUCGUGCCUUGGUCCGCGAUCCCAAGAUUUUGCUUCUUGACGAGGCUACUUCGGCGCUUGACUCCGAGUCUGAACACGUUGUGCAGGCUGCUUUGGACAAGGCUGCCAAGGGGAGAACGACAAUUGCAGUGGCGCACAGACUGAGCACGAUUCAAAAGGCGGAUAUCAUUUAUGUGUUUGAUCAGGGGAGAAUAGUGGAGAAGGGAAGUCACUCUGAGUUGAUGAAGGCCAACGGCAGAUAUGCCGAGUUGGUCAACUUGCAGAGUUUGGAGAAGAACCGGUGA